AUGUUUUUUGCGACGCCUUUUUGCUGUUUUGCUCUCGCCGCCUACGUCCUAGACGAAAUUUUAUGGGUUUGCCGACUGCCCCCUGGCACUGUCGUCGACGUCGAGGCGUGGGGAAGUGGUGUGCUGGGUGUUGAAAAGUCGAGCCAUAUGGUCCGCUUCGGUGGUGCUUCCGUGGGGGCAUUUGUUGUCUGCACUCGGUAUUUCUUGUGCAACAACUGUUGCACCACACGUGCACUAGAAAUAGACUUUUCUGGCACGUUUGCCUACCCCUUCGCUCUAGCCCCUGUGCACGCGAAACCAGCUCCCUUGAAGGGUGAAUUUUUCUGGAUUGACAACGACUGCUUCGAAGCCCGUCCCGUGGAGGUAAGCGUUCUCAAGGACGCCGUGAACAGCUUCCCUCUGCGCCAAACCGUGGCCAAUGAAGCGGCCGUCUACAGCUAA